UCCCACUACUGCAUGGUGGUUAUAACAUGGCCGCCGUUUUGUUGUAAACAUAAGUUCUGAUUUCGGCAAAUACAGAUAAAUAAGUGAAUAAAUUUGAGUUCUAGUCGUGUAAAUAAGUUUCGUUAUGUGGUUGAAAUAUAGACAUUAGUACAAAUCGCAUGGUUUACCAUACAGAUGUCAGCUGUUACACAUUCUGUGCCAGGUGCAGAUCCCACUAAGGGCAUCCAGAAGCGUAGAGCAGUUAAUAUAGGGUCAGAUGAAGACGACCCAAGUGGGAGCAAGUAUACUAGAAUGGAAGACGACAAUAUACAGGACAAGGAACGAUUUGCAAGUAGGGAGAACCAUUGCGAGAUCGAGAGGAGGCGGCGGAACAAGAUGACGGCCUACAUUACGGAACUGUCAGACAUGGUGCCGACAUGCAGCGCCCUCGCCCGGAAGCCGGACAAGCUCACCAUACUGAGGAUGGCGGUGGCGCAUAUGAAACAACUAAGGGGCACGGGAAACACGAGCACCGACGGCACCUACAAACCCUCCUUCCUGACCGACCAGGAGCUGAAGCACCUGAUCCUGGAGGCGGCCGACGGAUUCCUGUUCGUGGUCAGCUGCGACACCGGUCGCGUCAUCUACGUGUCCGACUCGGUGGCGCCCGUGCUGAACUUCUCUCAGAACGACUGGUACGGCACCUGCCUCUAUGACAACCUGCAUCCGGAGGACGUCGAGAAGGUGCGGGAGCAGCUGUCGACGCAGGAGCCGCAGAACACUGGCAGGAUUUUGGAUUUGAAGACCGGGACGGUGAAGAAGGAGGGCAAUCAUUCUUCCAUGAGGCUAUGCAUGGGCUCGAGGCGGGGCUUCAUCUGUCGGAUGAAGGUAGGCAACCUGCCGGCCGAGAGCAUGGCCGCCGGCCACCUGAACCGGCUCAAGCAGCGGAACAGCCUCGGGCCGAGCCGGGACGGGCAGAACUUCGCGGUCGUCCACUGUACGGGGUACAUCAAAAAUUGGCCGCCCUCAGACAUGUUCCCAGGCGUGCAGCUCGACCGACAGACGGAGGACGACCUGCACGCGCAGACGCACUGCUGCCUGGUGGCCAUCGGCCGGCUGCAGGUCACCUCGACGCCGAACACCAGCGACAUGGCGGGGUCCGGCGGCGGCGCCGAGUUCAUCUCCCGACAUUCGAUGGACGGCAAGUUUACGUUCGUGGACCAAAGGGUGAUCGGGCUGUUGGGGUACGCGCCGCCUGAGCUGCUCGGGAAGAGCUGUUUCGAUUUUUUCCAUCCCGAGGAUCAGACGCACAUGAAGGACAGCUUCGAACAAGUGUUGAAACUGAAAGGGCAAGUCCUCUCGGUGAUGUACCGAUUCCGGGCGAAGAACAGAGAAUGGGUGUGGCUGCGCACCAGCGCGUUCUCCUUCCUCAACCCGUACACCGACGAGGUGGAGUACAUCGUGUGCACGAACACCACCGCCAAGUCGCUGCAUUCGACCAGCGAAGCGCCGCCGGCUGAGGCGCCCGAGCAGGCUGAAGUAUUUGCAAUACUUGCAUGUGUUCGAGAGAAUAUCGAGAGGGGCUAUCACAGCCAGCAAAUCACUAUAUGCACUGACAGCCAAGCGGCGAUCAAGGCGCUCACCUCGUAUAGGCUGACCUCCGCCUUGGUGUCAGAGUGCAUAGAUAGCCUACAAAGGCUGUCAGCAUCGAACAAAGUAUGUCUUUUGUGGGUCCCUGGACACUCAGGGGUAGAAGGGUUCAGUGAUUGGCCCAGAGCCAAUCUUAGGGGUCACUCGAUCCUGGAGCAACUUCAAGAUGAAGGAAAUCCUGACGGGAAGCACGAUCGGGAUUGUGAAUGCAGAUGGUGCCUAGAGGAUGAAGAGACUUCUACUCACAUCCUCACUGAAUGCCCGGCAGUAGUGGCAGCAAGGGAUAUCCAUUUUGGGAGCAGUAUCCUGGACCCAGAGGAUGUUAAAAAGAUUUGGCCUAGAAACCUGCAGCGACGCGACCCCGGCCUCUACUCCCACAUGCUGCCCACCAGCCAACAUAUCCAGAGCGAGUACCUGCCCAUGUCGACGGCGGCCGGCUGCCCCGACCGGGCGGACGACGCGCGCUACCCGCGGCUGCUGGCCGACGCGCAGCAGGCCGCCCGCCCCGCCAGCGGUCAGAACGUCUACGCGGGCUACGAGCCGACGCCGUCGCCGAUCGCGUACGGCUCGCCGUCGCAGGCCGGCGCCACCUGCAGCAGCAGCAGCGCCAGCGUGCUCGCCAGACUGAGCAAGGGUGGUCCCACGACCAGCCCCACCCCUGCGGCGGCCGCGUGGAGCCUGCGCCAGCCCCCGCCCGCCCCCAACGACGGAGGCGGCUACCAGUACGGCCAGCCCAGCCCGAGGUCGCCCGGUCCCACGUACACCCAACUGAGCGGCGGUGGGCGGGCCGCUGCAGGCCCCGCCUACCAGUGGACGAGCUGGCAGACACAGGCGCAGGCGCAGCCGCAAGCGACCGACGCGGCUCCGCGAGAGCCGCCGGCCGCACAGCCGCAGCCGCACGAGUUGAGCGACAUGCUGCAGAUGCUGGAUCAAGGUGGCGCCGCGUCGUUCGAGGAUCUGAACAUGUUCAAUACAACGUUCGAGUGAGGGGGUGGUAGGGCGGUCGGGGGAGACGUUGACUGUGGCUAUCGCGGAUGAGACGGCUCGGGUUCUGGGAAAGAAUCGAGAUAUUUGAGGGAUUGAAGAAGGGUUUGGGAUGGGGUGUCGUUAUCUUUCGAACUGUGUCACACUAAUUUCAUUUCUCCGUUUGGUUUAAGGUGAGGUAUUCUUUCAUACUCACUUCUCUCGGAUCGGGUUGUAAUACUCGGUUAGGUAUUUACCAUCGAAUCAUGUGAUUGAAGUAAUGAAACGAUUCCUCGUUUCUUUGAAUUCUAUUUUAGCGUGGUUUUUAUGCGAGAUUCCAGUAUGCAGGGUGUUAUUCAAUUGAUGACUUAACAUGUAGGAUAUACGAGUCCUUAGCUUAUUUUAGUUCAUAUGAACAUAUGCCCUAAACCUCUUAACUUUCGAGCUAUAGGGUACUGCAAUUUCAAGAGAAAAUCAAAUUUCAACACCCUUUAGCUCAGAAGUCGAGAGGUUCAGAGCAUAUGUCCAUAUGAAGUGAAAUAAAUAUAAAAUCGCUUGAAUGGUAUGCAUUUUUUCUUUGUAAUAUCAAAUAUCUCGAUUGGUUUCCGAGAUUUCAGCUGUUAGGAGUCGUGAAAUCCAUAGUUACAUAGUCACCCUGUACAGACAUAGGAUUGCAAGGGCGUGAGGUGGUGUAGGUUUUUGACAGAUGGGAGAACAGUAAAAUGAGAUAAUAAUAACAUCUUGAAUAAGAAGUAGUCACCCAAUAUUUUCGUUUUGAUUUUCUUAACAUCAAUAGGUCCUUAUCCAAAUGAAUGUUCUAUUACUUUCUUAUUGAUAUACAGAAGCAGAUUUGAACUGAAACACCCUUCAUAUGGCGAGUCCAUAAAAUCCCACAACAAUUAAUUUGAAUUUCAGCUCAAUAUAUUCGAGAGUAGAACCGGUGAAACACGUCAACUAGUUCUUUGAAUUGCUUAUUUUUCACACGUAUUUCAUUUGUUAUUCUCAGAAAUACUUACGCGAAAUUAGAAUAAAGUUGUGUGAUAUCUUAUGGGCUCACUGAACAAGGAUUACUGCAAGAGUCAAUGUUACCUCACGCCACUGUCAAAUCCAGGUUAUUUUUACUGCGCUGCCGACUGAACUAUAAGAAGUAUGCUGCAAAUGUUGCAUCUCGAUUUUUUUGUCAUUUCCAAGAGGUCAUAAUAUCUUGACAAGAUUAUAGAUUUGUCUGAAAUUCCAUUUCCUUAUCCACAAACUAGGUACUUUAAUUGAACACGGGGAAAAAGGGUUUAUAGGAAGUGUAUAAAACAUACUCUUCACAUGAAAUUGACUGAAGGUUUUCAGUACCUUUGGUUUAUUUUCACAUCUCCUUUGAUACCAAUUGACCACGUUGAACUAUGAUACAGUUGAUACAGAAGAACCUUCCUUUACUCAAUGAAAUAUUUCAAUAAUCACACACUAUCCUAACAUAGCUUGUGCUCAUGCUGAGAGGGAAGAUUCCAGUUACGUCGGCCGAGCCUACAAGCUUUUGAAAGAAAUAUCUUUUUCAGGAACUUUUCAUUACUCUGAUCAUGAUAUUUGACUGCAAAUACAUUGAUUCUUAUUCCACCUCAUCAACUUUUAUCCCAGAAUGGAAGCAACGUCGUGAUUCUUUGAAAUCGUAACAAAAUUCUGUUAUUUUGAGCAAAAUUCCUAUUUGACGCAAAUAGUUGUUUUUUAAAUAAAGAAAAGGGUGAUAACCAAUGAAGUGAUAUUUCCUGGAAGUUGAUGACUUGUCUGAUUAUCACACUUGUGUAUCAUUGAAAAGUAAUAUAAAAUCCAUUCAAACUGAAAAUGUUGGGUUUGUAGACGUCAGUGGAAAAUGUUUGCAAACUUGAAAUUUAUGAGCUCUAGAUGGUAUGAAAUGUUCGAGAUGUGAUGUUUCAGUUGCAGUUUACUUUAUUUUUGUACACAUAGAUUGUAUUAUAAAGACAGUGAGACGGUGACACUCAGUGUAUGUAUAUGUAUGUUGGAAACUGAAACGCAAGGCGACUUGAUCUCGAUUUGUUAGUGAAAUGACGAGACUUGUUGAUUAUUUCUAACUGUUGUGACGUCCAAGAUAUGUAUAGCUUAAGGUUUGGCAUAAUGCAUAAUGUUACUCUUGAUAGUGUGAGUUAAUCUGUAUACUCAGUUUUAUUGUUUUUACUUGAGAUUGACAGUUGAGACACUGAAACAUAUUCUCUGACUCUGAUAGGGUUUGGUUUGGAAUGAAUGCCUUGCGCUUUGCUAUGUGGUGCAAGAAAAAGGAUGAAGAUGAUCACCACUGUACUUUUGUGUUUGGAUUCUGAUUGUCUAGGAAUUUCUUUCAACGGGUGAAAUUUCACUGCAGUCAAUAUUUUUGUAGAUUUUUUUUAUACUUCUCUGUAUAAAAAGCACUUUUAUUGUAUUGUUUGAAGGAUUUUAGAAAAUUUAAAUAAUUUUAUUGCUACAGUUUUAAAAGUGAAUAAAUUCUUUUUAAGAAUU